AUGACAGACGACAAGAAACGACAAGCUAAACGUGUGGCCGCCGAGAAUGGGGUUGUCAACCCUUCCGGCGCGAUCGUAUUGGCCGCAGCGCCCAUGUACCUCGCGAUGGUACCCUUGACAUCUUAUCUGACAAACCCAGAUUCCAUCUGCCAGUCCUUGACACAUGCUUUGAUCAAGCUUCUUCCCGGGGUAGGCGUAUCGUCGAUUACCUCUGGCCGUGCGAUCCCGGCCCUUUCAGCCCUGUAUUUGUUCUGGACUUUCGGAGCAUCGGGAGCAGCCUCAGCCGCAGGACAGGCCAUGGCGCGUGAAGAAGGUCUUGACAAUGAUCACCCCCGGAAACACGUUGGUGAACUGGAAGGAUUACCGCUGAGGUUGAGGAGCGCACACUAUGCGCUCAUGGAGAACUUCCCUGCUUUUGCUCUCGCGGCUGCUCUUGCUCAAGUGCUCGCCCCAAACGAUGCGCAGAUUGUGAAUUUGCUUGGUUUCCAUGUCAUUGCGAAAUUGCUGGUGCACUACCCGGCGUAUCUGGGCAACAUUGCGCUCCCCAGAACACUUGCGCACAUUAGCGCCACAAGUGCGUUGGUGAACGUGUGCUGGAGGCUAGCUUCUGGAGCAUAA